AUGUACUUAUCAAUUAUAUUGCCCAUAAACUCGAAAAACGUUAUUGUUGAAAAGGAUUUUUCACGUGAUGAAGACGUGCAUGAUUCACAACUGGAAGAAUUGUAUCGAGCAGUUACAGCUCUGGAUACAGUGAACACAUCAACUGCUAAAUCAAAUUGCUUUCAUCCACUUCAACAUACAUCGAAUACCUAUCCAAGUACAGUUUCAGCAACCACCGCUGAUAUUCAACUGACCUGCUCACCCUGCAAGCCAGAAAAUUAUGAAGCAGACAGCACAGAUAGUGAAAUAUUGAGUGGAAGACGAGCGAUAACUGGACGGUUUUUGCAUUUUACCUCAACACCGAAAAUAUGCUCAAGCGUUAAGCGCAAUACGCAUUUUCGAUCAAACCGUACCAAAACAACACCGAGACAACAGACAGAAGAUAUUUUGCUUCCGGUGGAUGAUGGCAGAAUAUCACGAUUAUACAAGAACAGUUUUGACGAGUUGUGCGGUUGGUUAAUAGGUGUGUUAGAAAGUGGUAUGCUGGUUUCCCUCAUAAACUUGAAGUCAAGAUACACAAGUAUUCUGCAGAAAAGAAACGAAAAAGUAAGUGAAUCAAUUGUCCGAUCGGAUUCUAUUCGUGUAAGACUUGAAACUAAAUAUCAACAACAGCUUCAGUUUAUCAAGAUCAGCAAUUAUGAUGGCUUAUAUGUGGCAUUGAAUGACAAUUCAUUUUACGCAAAAAUUCUUCUUGAAAUAUAGAGGCGUACACCUUAUAAUAACGAUUCUAGUCCUCCCAUUUAUAAUAAACAUGAACCAAAUUGGAAAACUAAAUGUGAAACAUUGUUUAACGCCUUGAAUAUAUUGCGUACAGAUCUAUUGGACAAUAAACAUUAUUUUGAUCGAUUAAAACAGCAAUACCAAUUGCUGGGAGAUUUUACGUCAGGGUUAUAUUGGGAAUUUGUUCCCGUUAUUUUAAAAAAUUUUAUCGGAUUAUUAACAACAAGCGAAAGAAAAUAUACAAAUAUUCGACGUAACUAUACGCAUUACAACGCGCUAAACACUGAUUUAUUUAAAACAUCGAAAAAAUGGCUGAAAAUAUCAUCGAUUUGCUAUGAUAUCAUCAGCGGUCAAAAUGAACACAUUGUGACGCCAAAACAAUAUCUACUGGCUAACGAGAUCAUGAAGCAUGAACGUUCGUACCGAUUAGUGACCUUAUUCACAGUUUCAUUCUUUUCACUUGCUUUUUCAAAUGUUUUGCUCUAUUAUUAACAGAUAGCGGAUUUAGCUCUUGGCUAUUAAUGUCGCAUCUGGAUAAAUGUAUUUAGUCUUCGUUUA